UGGCUUUGAUUGGCUUUACUUUCAUUCCUCUUUCUCAAAACAACCAAGCUUGUUAAAAAAACUCCCUGUCUUCCCCACACAAAUAUAAACACAAACAUAGCAGAGCAGCUAUGGCUGCUGUCACAAAGAGAGCUUGCAAUCCUAAUGAAGAGGAGAUUGAGCUAAGACGAGGGCCAUGGACUCUUGAAGAAGACACUCUUCUUAUACAUUACAUUGCUAGUCACGGGGAAGGCCAUUGGAAUUCGUUAGCAAAAUGUGCAGGAUUGAAGAGGACUGGAAAAAGCUGCAGAUUGAGAUGGCUAAACUAUUUAAAACCUGACAUUAAGCGUGGCAACCUCACUCCACAAGAACAACUCAUGAUCCUUGAACUCCAUUCCAAGUGGGGUAACAGGUGGUCUAAAAUUGCACAGCAUUUGCCAGGAAGAACAGACAAUGAGAUAAAGAACUAUUGGAGAACAAGGGUGCAAAAACAAGCACGUCAGCUCAAUAUUGAGUCCAACAGCAAGAGGUUCCUUGACGCGGUUCGAUGUUUCUGGAUGCCAACGUUGCUUCAAAAGAUGGAGCAAUCUUCUUCUUCUUACUUGCCAACAACCUUGAGUUCUCAGAACUCUGCAUCUCCUUCUCUGUCACCUAAUUGCUCUGUUCCUUCUAUUUCACUCUCAACUUCUCCACCAAGCAAGGUUUCACAAAUAUUUGAUCAUCCCAUUAAUGGAAAUUCCAGUUCUGUCACAAGCCCAAGUAUCUUUUCCUCAGAUUCUUUGAUUUCCCAGCUGGCUCAAACUUCAGAACGCCUAACAAGUCCAACUCAUGCUUUUGACCACACCGUCUACAGCAGCAGCCCAGCUUUAAAUGACUGUUACUAUGUGGACAGCAGCAGUGGCUAUGCCUAUGACAUGGAGGGUCUCAACCUGGACCCUGCUUCAGCAAUUUGCGAUUUUGACAAUCAACACUUUGAUUGCCAGAUGACAGCAGGUGAUUGGAUGUUGGACAACAUGACUGACACUUUAUGGAACAUGGAGGGGAUGUGACAAUUUAGAAAGUUAGGAAAGAUGAGAUGAGAUGAGAUGGGGGCAUCAUCAAGCUGGAUGGUCUUUGAAAUUGAGAGAAUAGUAGAAUAAGUAGAGAUUGUUGUUGGGAUUCAUAUUGCAUUUGUCGACGACAGGGACUUAUUGUUUUU